CUCCGUCCCCCAUCCCCCCUUAACGCUCUCGUCUCGACGUGUAUCCGUCCCAUACCGGCGUGGGAAGGAACGGUUCAUCUGACUCACGGGCUGCGUUCAGUACAUUUUGACGUUUCUGGAACGUGUAAUUGAACGGAAACGGUGCUGUACUGAACGGGGAUGUUGUUCACUCAUUGCUUGAAGCCACAACCACCAAAACGUACCGCAAAAGUCCCGUUCAAUAACGUUUUGUGGAAACGUGUCCUACAGUACAAAUAGUUCCGGAACGUUCCGUUCAAGAGAACUGAACGGCACCCUACGGUGUCGGUAAUUUCUCACUACUUUCCUUUCGAUAAACAUGACGCACAAUUGUUCGUUCCAUAACAAGUCGACUCAUUGUCAUGACGGAGAACCUUUUGACAAAAUAGUUAUUAUACCCCGUUUACGUCUACAGAGAAUACCAGGGUCCUUUUCUCAAUUAACAAUAACAACUCUUGUUCGUCGUUAUGAGGCUACACGCCACGUUUUACACGUAAACAAAUUAACUAAAAGCUACUGCGUAAAGUCUGUCGUUAUGAGGCUACACGCCACGUUGUAUAUGUAAACAAAUUAACUCCAAGCUACUGCGUAAAGUCUGUCGUUAUGAGGCUACACGGUUUUAUAUGUAAACAAAUUAACUCCAAGCUACUGCGUAAAGUUUGUCGUUAUGAGGCUACACGGUUUUAUAUGUAAACAAAUUAACGCCAAGCUACUGUGUAAAGUCUGUCGUUAUGAGGCUACACGGUUUUAUAUGUAAACAAAUUAGCGCCAAGCUACUGCGUAAAGUCUGUCGUUAUGAGGCUACACGCCACGUUUUAUACGUAACAAAUGAACUCCAAGCUCCUGCGUAAAGUUGGCUAUCGAAGCGAUCAAAAUCAACAGCUGCUUCGUGAGUUCCAGAGACGCUGAAAUACUUAGAACAGAAACGAAACGGCAUCAACACACCUCCUCCACAGUCAACAAACGGAUGCUGUUGGUGAGAUGAGAGAGAGAGCGCAUCUCAUUUCCCACUCCACCGGUUAUUGUAGAGAGAGUAGCAAGCUGUGUAGUAACGUGUAUAAGUAGUUGUGUGCAUAUAGAAUAAUUAGGCUAUUUAGUUUCGCUUUAAGUAGUAUUUAUAAAGUAGCCUAAUGUAUAUACCGUAAAAAAAAUAACGUUACUUUUUACCGAGGCACCCAACCGUCUCCGAGUCAAAAAAAAUGCUUUGAGCAGAAGCGUAGCAUCCGCCCGUUGCCAUCACGAAGACAGGCUGCGGGUACUACGCCUGACAACACGCUCGCUCCCGUACGCCGGGCCCUGACUGGAUGGAAUAACCGCCUGUGACGUCAGGUGACCUCGAUUGAUCGCAGGAGGCGGAGCCUGGUGUCAUCUCCGUGGAGUACACACACAGAGAAGACUACAACAUCUCCCUAAAGAACUACAACCCCCACAGAGACGGUGACCACCAUCACUAUGGACCAUCCCACAACCCCCUGAUCUCAUCCUCCUCUACUUCAGGACUACAACAUCCCCCUAAAGAACUACAACCCCCACAGAGAAGGUGACCACCAUCCCACAACCCCCUGAUCUCAUCCCUCCUCUACUUCAGGACUACAACAUCUCCCUAAAGAACUACAACCCCCACAGAGACGGUGACCACCAUCACUAUGGACCUUCUCACAACCCCUUGAUCUCAUCCCUCCUCUAAUUCAGGACUACAACAUCCCCCUAAAGAACUACAACCCCCACAGAGACGGUGACCUCCAUCACUAUGGACCUUCUCACAACCCCCUGAUCUCAACCCUCCUCUACUUCAGGACUACAACACCCCCCCUAAAGAACUACAACCCCCACAGAGACGGUGACCAUCAUCACUAUGGACGUCACGACCCCCUGAUCUCCACAGGACUACAACUCAACAUCUCCCUAAAGGACUACAACCCCCAGGGUUCAGAGCGGAGCAGCCAUGAGCGCAGCAGAGGAGACCCAGGUGAAGUGUGUGCUGGUCGGUGACAGUGCCGUUGGGAAGACGGCCCUUCUGGUUCGGUUCACCUCAGAGACGUUCCCUGACUGCUACAAACCAACCGUGUACGAGAACACUGGAGUAGAAGUUUUCAUGGACGGGGCUCCGAUCAACCUGGGUCUGUGGGACACGGCAGGAAAUGACACGUUCAGACAGAUCCGUCCGAUGUCCUAUCAGCAGGCGGAUGUGGUCCUGCUCUGCUACUCCGUGGCCAACGCCUCCUCUCUCGCCAGCAUCAAGCACAAGUGGCUGGUCGAGGUGCGUGAGAACCUCCCUCGUGUCCCGGUGCUCGUGGUGGCCACCCAGACGGACCAGCGUGACUCCGGGCCUCACCGCGCCUCCUGCUCCUCCGCCGCCGAGGGCAAACGCCUCGCCCAGGACGUACGGGCCAAGGGAUACCUGGAGUGCUCGUCGCUAAGUAACCGCGGCGUGCAGCAAGUGUUCGAGUGUGCGGUGCGGACGGCGGUGAACCAGGCCAGGAAACGGACGCGCCCACGGAUGUUUGAUAUCAACAGCUGCACAGUGUUUUGACCUCUGACCUCUGACCUUUGGGGGCCUAGUUUGGGGUGGUGGUCGGUGGAUACUGGAGCCUCUUACUACUGCUCUGAGAUCAGGUCUCGGGUCAGUGGCGACUCAGACUCGGACUCAACACCAGGGACUUGGGACUGGACGGGCGGCUUAGGGACUCGACUACAUCACUGUAUCUGACUUGAACUGUUAGAGGACCUCUCUGACCCCAGGACCUGUGGUUUUGGGGGAACUCUUGUUUAACUGUUGAGUUUUUUUUUUUUUUACUUAAGGGUCUAAACAAACAGUCCACAGACAGACAUCUGUCUAAAAGCCGCUAACUUUUAAACCGUUUGUGUGUGUGUGUGUGUGUGUGUGUGUGUGUGUGUGUGUGUGUGUGUGUGUGUGUGUGUGUAUUUUGAUUCUACUCCUGGGUACGGAAGCUUUUGUUUUGCCGUAAGACCGUAAAGCCUCCAAUGUGUCGUUUUGACCUUUGACCUUUUGAUGACUGGACAAGCGGGUCUGUAUACGACCCUCCGUAAGGGGGCCCCCAACCGCCAAAAUGGGGAAUCGUUGUUUUGUUUUUUAACUACCUGGGCCUCGGACUCGGGAGUGCUGAUCUAGAAUCAGUUUCUGUUUCUAGGUCGUAAUGAAUAAGACAACUCCUACUCUGAGACACUUUAUGAAUACAGGCCAUGAAAGGACACACACAGACAUCUCUGUGUCAGUUUGAAAAUCACAAACUCUCAAACUGGUUUUUGUUCUUCUUCUUCUGUAUGUUGUCACUCGAUGUUGAUGUCUGUUAUUCGAUUGGUUGAGAAGGAGGAUUUCUAGAGAUUUCAGCCAAUAACGUCACCAGAGACUUCUAGGUUGUUCAUUACGAUGAAACAGACGAUCAGGUAUUUAGAUGGGAUGGGAACAGAGAUGGUAACAGAGAUGGUAACAGAGAUGAUCAGGUAUUUAAAUGGUAAAAUUGUCCCCUUUGUUCAUUCCAGGAAGAAGUUGUAAACUUUUACAUUUAUAUCUUUGACAAGUUAUUUGUUUUUUGUUUUUUUCAAUUCACAAUAUAAGUGGACAAUAACUAUUUCCGUUCUCUGUCUAUAAAUGUUAAAAGUUGUCCUUUUUGUAAAGGUAUUCUAGCUCAGAUCUGUUUCCUUUGUUAAAGAUCUGUUGCCGACCACUUACAGUGUGCCUGGACAUAAUUCAUAAAUAAAUAAUAAAUAAACAAAUAACCUUUCACCUAUUAAUUCCACUAAGAAAUCAGCAUAUUUUAAAAAGAUCUUUGUUAUCCAUAAUAACUGGAGAAGGAAAACCAAUGUGUUUUUAAAUAAGUCCUGGUUAGCCAUGUAGUGUCACAUGAAUAUCUCUCUCACACACAGACAGGAUGAGGGAGGAUGACAGUGUUGUGGUGAGGGGAAGGUUGAGAUCAGAGAUAU